UAUGACAUACCAAACACAAGAUUUCAUUUGACAAUAAAUUCUACACGGUAAUUCAUUUUACAAUGAAAUGAAUUUUCGAUUCAUUUGGUACCAAACGGUCUGUUUAGCGACGCGAAAGAAAGCCUUCAUUUUCCAUUGACCGAAAGAAAGCCUUCAUCUCCACCAUUCUUAUCCGAUUCUCGGCGAUUGCCGUCCGGCGUCGGCGCCCAGUCCUCCUUCUCUAACCUCAAGGACGAUUGCCUUCCUCGUUGGCCGCGAGGGCUUGGAAAUCCCUUCACGAACCCUCUUCUCCAUUCCUCUCAUCCUUUAACCCUAAAACCUCUCGACUGAUUGUUGCGGUAAGUUUCCCCUCCUUCGCUGAGUUACAAACCGCGAUUGAUUGACCAGCGAACCCCAUUAGGGUUUUUUCUUUUCUUUUCAUUUUGAUUUGUACAGUUAAGUCGACUUUUUGGGUCUGGUUUUUUAACAUAUUACAUGUCUGCUCGGUUAAGGGCUACAAUGGAUGGAACAUGUAUUAGUUUGUUUACUUGUUAUCUUUGUUGCUACAGGUGCUUGACCGUGGGGAGAAAAUUGAGCUUCUGGUUGACAAAACCGAAAACCUUAGAUCACAGGUAUGUUUGGAUUACUCUGCUUUGUCUCGUCUUCCUUAAAGCUAUGCCUGUGCAGUAUUUGUUCUCUUUUCUACAUUCAGAGUGCCUUUACAUUGUCUAUGGAUGAUAGUACAGAAUUUGUAAUAGCACAGUAGCCAGAAUAGCUCUAUUCCUAAAUGGGUCGUCACACGUUAUUACCACUACUACCCUAUUAGGGUUCACGUUCAAAGGAUAUAUGAGCUGAUCCCUAAUAUAUACAGUUAACCAAACCCCUCCUAAUUAUUAAUCCAGAUUAAUUACAAAGAAAAUACUACUUCCCUUUGCCUACUUUUCUUUAAUCAUCUGCAGGCUGCUACUAAUUCUUAAUAAUUAGUAGUGAUGAUGUCAUUUGACCACCAUUGUCAUUUCUCAGGCCUACAACAGAGGAAGUUGGGGACAGGCUUUGUGCAAAGCAAAAUUAACUAGUUAAUUAAAUUUUUGGAAUUAUUUUGGUGAUUAAUUAUUUUUUUGGAAUUAAUUUGAUAAAUAAAUAAUUUUCUGACUGAAAUUCGUAAAUAAAAUUAUUUUUUGAAAUUAAUUUCGUAAUUGAUUAAUUUUCUGAAAUAAUUUCAUAAAUAAAUUAUUUUAUGAAUGAAUGAAUUAAUUUUCUGUUUUUUUAUAAUUUGGUAAUUAAUUUUGUGUUGGAGAGGGUCGACUCGCUGACCCGAUCCGUCCCGACCCUAAAGGGUCAGACAGGGUCAAGAAGAGAACAGGGACGGGACGGGUCGAUUAUGCAAGCUGACCCUUUAGGAACGGGACAGACAGGAUCAGGGACGAGACAAACAAAUUUUCAGCCCUACUACCCUUGAAUUUCCUGCCAAGCAGUAUUUGCCGUUGGACCGCAAUGAGCCAAAAUUUUGGCCGGGUUUAAUAAACCCGGCGGUCCCUUAAUUUAAACGAAACGACGCCAUUUUGACAUAAGCUUAAACAAAAAAACAAAAAAAAAAAAAAAGAAAUCAGAAGAAAAGCAGAGACGAAAACCCUACUUUGGCUGGCCCUUGCUAGCGCUCUCGUCUCUCGUCUCCCCUUGGCUCUGCUCUGCCUCUCGAACUCCCAUUUUCUCAACGACCAGAGAUCAUCUCAGAAUCGUCCUCCCCAGCAACCAAACACCACCGACAACUCGUCCUCCCCAGCAACCGAAGACAUCGUCGUUCCUAGCCGUGCCACGCUGGAGAAAGAGGAGCUGCCUUCGUCGUUUGCGUACCACUGACCUACACGAUACCUUCUACACUGAGAUUAGAGGCAGUGUUUGUUUUCUCCUUCUCCCUUUGUCGCUGCUUCUAUUCUACUUUGUACAAAAUCAAACGAAAACAUUGAAAUAGGCUGAUUCAUGGGUUAGUAAACAAAACUCAAUUGAUGCUUUGGAUGAAGAUGAAGGGUAAUAUUGCGUUCUGUUGGGGUAAAAUUAACAAAGCAUUAUUUUACAAAUUGGUCUCCUUUAAAACGUUACAAAGUGAUGAAGAAGAUGAAGGAGACGAGUUCCCUAAUGUUGACUUUUUUACAUUUGGAGUUGCUUGAAGAUAUGGAUUUGAUUUCAAACUAAAGAUCCAAUUAGUAGUUUCUACUUUCUAGUUUGAGACAUUGAACUUGUGGUUUGUGAACAUUAAGCUUGUGGUUUGUGAACUUCGCUUGGUUGUUUUGUACUAGUUUUUAAAAUUGUAUUUGGAUGAUUAUGAGGUUUAUUAGGUAAUGAAAUCUUGCACUUUGUUGAAUGUUACCUAAGCUUAUUUACUCUUUUACAGUUUCUUAGGCAGUAUAAUCCAGUUUUAUUCCGGUAUUUUCCCGGUAUGGUACCCUAAUUUUGCCGGUACGGUUUUUUUACAAAAAAAAUAAAUUUUUAUUCCAAAAACGGUAUUUACCGGUAGGAAACAGUUGAACCAUAAUUGUACCACGAUUUACCAUGCCAAAGACGAUUCCAGCUUGAUGUCCGAUACGGUUUCGUAAUCCGGUUUAAUUAUAUGUGUGUAGUUCUAAGGCAAAGUAUUAACCCUUCGUAAAAUCUACCUACCAUUCUCAAACGCCAAAAUUAUUGCGAGGUAUUUUGCCUUAAGAAAAGCAAAUAAAAAAUCCAUUUUGUUGGGAAAGCAAGGGUUCCCUUACGGAACAACACCAAUCAAACCAAGAUUCUCUGCCCAACUUGACUCACUCACUACGGUUCCUCAGUACGAAGUACACGAGUUCAAUCUGCUGAGCGUUAGCGACCGCCGACCCUUCCACAUCGUUGUGACAACUCAUAGCAGUCAUCUUAGCGUAACCGACCAGGUAACCCUAGAGCUAUCUCUUCCUCCUUUCAGACCACGCUACCUUCUGGGGAUUCCUUGAAAUUGUAAAAAUGGCGAUCCUUUUCUGAUUAGUCUGAUUGAAGGCGCUGAUGGACUCCCAGUUUCUGUGCAUUAACCGGAUCAGCUUGCUCACUAAACCUCUCCUUCCACCGAAAUCUCGUUUAUUGGCCGCCGCUCCGAACUUCAACUCCCGGCCAUCAUCACUUCAAUCCAAAGGAUUCCCUUUGAGCAGCAUAAGGUGUGCAAUGAAGUCUUAUCGGUUAUCUGAGCUAAAUCGUGCAGAGGUCGAUGGCCUGAAAGCGCGCCCUCGAAUUGAUUUCUCUUCCAUUUUCAGUGUGGUGAACCCUAUUGUUGAUGACGUUCGCACAAGAGGGGAUGCUGCAGUUAAAGAGUACACUACAAAAUUCGAUAAAGUGAACCUGGAUAAUGUUGUUGUGGAUGUUUCUGAGCUUCCCCAUCCGGAGCUAGAUGCAGAUGUUAAGAAAGCAUUUGAUGUUGCAUAUGAUAACAUAUAUGCAUUUCAUUUUGCUCAAAAAUCUGGUGAAAAAACUGUUGAGAACAUGAAGGGUGUUAGGUGCAAACGGGUGGCAAGAAGUAUUGGCUCUGUUGGUCUCUAUGUUCCUGGAGGUACUGCAGUCCUACCUUCCACAGCUUUGAUGCUUGCUGUUCCUGCCCAGAUUGCUGGGUGCAAAACUGUUGUUCUUGCAACUCCACCUAGUCAGGAUGGCAGCAUAUGCAAGGAGGUAUUGUACUGUGCCAAGAAGGCUGGCGUUACCCACAUUCUUAAAGCUGGAGGGGCUCAGGCUAUAUCUGCUAUGGCAUGGGGAACAGAGUCCUGCCCUAAGGUUGAGAAAGUUUUUGGUCCAGGAAAUCAGUAUGUUACAGCUGCAAAGAUGAUUCUCCAGAACAGUGAAGCAAUGAUAUCCAUUGACAUGCCAGCUGGACCUUCAGAAGUUCUGGUCAUUGCUGACAGAUGUGCCAGUCCAGUACAUGUAGCUGCAGAUCUGUUGUCUCAGGCUGAGCAUGGCCCUGAUAGUCAGGUUGUUCUUGUAGUUGUCGGGGAUGGCAUCGACAUGGAAGCUAUUGAACAGGAAAUCAGUAAGCAGUGCCAAGCCCUUCCAAGGGGAGAGUAUGCCUCGAAAGCUUUGAGCCACAGUUUUAGCGUCUAUGCUCGUGAUAUGAUAGAGGCCAUCUCCUUUUCCAACUUGUAUGCACCAGAGCAUCUGAUUAUCAAUGUGGAAAAUGCCGAGAAAUGGGAGGGUCUUGUUGAGAAUGCAGGUUCUGUGUUCUUGGGUCAGUGGACGCCGGAGAGUGUCGGGGAUUACGCCAGCGGGACAAACCACGUGCUUCCGACUUACGGGUAUGCCCGGAUGUACAGCGGAGUAUCCUUGGACUCGUUCUUGAAGUAUAUGACAAUUCAGUCUCUAACCGAAGAAGGCCUAAGAAGCCUUGGUCCAUUUGUAGCUACCAUGGCUGAAGUUGAAGGGCUCGAUGCCCACAAGAGGGCCGUCACUCUUAGACUCCAGGAUAUUGAGGCCAGGCAGCAGCAACAGCGAGUCGCCACAACAUAGAAUACGGUCGACCGCGCUUCUCAUUUUCCUUCUUUUCUUCGGUGGCCGUUGUCAGGAUCCUGAGUGUUGCCCCUUUUACUUCAUUCUCAUACUUUGUUGAUAACAUGUAUUCCUCUCUCGCACUCUUCUGGUGCAACGGUAAACUUUUUUGGUAGAAGCUAGUAUCACAUAGUAUUCCUUCCAAAAGGAAAACAUUUGAACUAAAUACUCUGAUACUUC